AUGUUGAACAAAACCACCUCACCCUCAUCUUCUAGACCUUCAUCUCCACCUUACUAUGUUCUCUCAUCUGACUCAGAACCUUAUGUCCCUCAAUCCCCCACACUAGCCCAACUUCAGGCAUGUGCUCUUGCCUCACAGCAACAACCACAACUUGAACCAGAAGCCACCACUCCACCUCCUGAACAACAAAAUCCACCACCAUCUGAACAACUACAAACACUACCCUCUGAAAAACCUCAAACACCUCCCUCUAAACAACAACCAAGUCCACCACCUGAACAAACAACACCACCACCCUCUGAUACCCCCAACAUACCACCCUUUGAGGACUUUUUCAUCCCUACCUCUCAAACUCCCGCUGACACCACCCAAACACUUCCAACAUCCCGAACCCCCAACCAAGAACCAGAACCUGCCUUCCCCACCUUAGAAGAAGCAAUUAUGUUAUUUGCAGAGUCUUCAGUGGAGAAGAUCAAGUCUCUGUCUAUAAACUCUGACAUCAGUGAUGAUCCCUCUAUAGUGAAGAUUUACUGGAACAGAGAUAACAGCUAA